CCUCCUACAAGAAUCCUGGGAUUUCUAGUUUGAUGAUGCACCAGCACUCUGGCAGAGAAGGCUGAUACAAACCCCAGGAUUCUAUAGCAUUGCAACUAUAGUUGUGUGAAGCUCCAUUAUUUUAACACAACUGCUGCCUGCCUACAGCUGCUCCUUGGCUGAAACCACCUGAGAAAGGAAUGCUGUGACAGCUUCUAAACACUGUUUAUCUCUAAGAGCAGCCUGUUAUCUAAUACAUAAGAUUUCCUCCCUGUUUGAAAGCGGCACUUUCAGAGUUUCGCAGUUCAGGAACAAAGUCCUCCCUGCAAACUCCUUCUUGGGCUAGAGAAAGUGAGGUUAUAAAAAAGCAUUUCAGGAUUUUUCAAUCUGAUCUCCAACGUGGAUUGACAACAGCUGAAACACUAGGGACACAGACGUCUUCUUUUUUGCAGCUGAAAGAGAACAUGGAAGAAAAGGAGCAUCCAUAUACACUGAUAAAUAUUAUAGGAGGUCCUGAUGGAGUAUAUGAAGACCAUGUCGAGUUUCUGGAGAAACAUCUGAAGCUCAUCACCAUGAAGGAAUUCCUUAAAAACAAGGAAGCUCUUAGUCACAAAAUCAAAGCAGUAUUUAUGUGGGUCCAAAAGCCAGUGGUUAACAGGGAGCUUCUAGAGACCUUGCCAAACUUAAAGGUGAUUGCAAUCUCUGGUGUUGGACUGGAUCACCUGGACCUAAAGUUAAUUUUCAGCUUUGGUGUGAAAGUGGCUAACACUCCAUUUGCAGUUACCAAUGCUACAGCAGACCUGGGAAUAGCUUUGAUGCUAGCUUCUGCUAGGAGAAUUGUGGAAGGUCACCAGAUGUCAGUUUCUCCUGACACUAAAUAUUUUAAGGCUGACUGGCUGGGAGAAGACGUAACUGGUGCAACUCUGGGGAUCAUUGGAAUGGGCACCAUAGGUUAUAAGGUGGCCCAGAGAGCCAAAGCGUUUGACAUGAAAAUCCUUUAUCAUAACAGGAACCGGAGAAAAGAAACAGACGAACAGGCUGUUGGUGCUUUUUAUUGCCACAAGAUGGAAAAUGUACUCCAACAAUCUGAUUUUGUGAUGCUGGUUGUCAAUUUAACACCUCAAACAUGCAGGCUGAUUGGGGAAAAGGAGUUAAAGCUCAUGAAACCCACUGCUACUCUAAUCAACAUCUGCAGAGGCCAAGUGGUUGAUCAAGAUGCCCUGGUGAACGCUCUCCAGAAUGGAGUUAUUAAGGCUGCAGCUUUGGAUGUGACAUAUCCUGAGCCAUUACCAAGAGACCAUCCUUUGCUACAUUUAAAGAAUGUGAUUAUAACACCACACAUUGGAAGUGCAACUUCACAAACCCGCCGCCUUAUGAUGAAAAACAUGGUCGAAAGCAUUGUAGCUGCAGUAAAUGAUCUUCCAGUCCCUAAUGAAGUACAUCGUGGGUAAUAUGUCCUACCUGUGCUCCUGGAUGAAUACCCCCAUUCUAUGUACAGUCAUCUGUAUCUGCCUCAAAUCUUACUUAAGAAAGUGAUGUAUGGAUUUUUCCCUGCAACAGAAUCUCUUGAAUCACAUUCCUCAGAUCUGUAAAAGAUAAUAUGGAUAAACAGGGAAUUUUUUGUUACUUUUAUUGUAUUCUUCAGAUUAUUCUACAGAGAUUUGCUAAAGGGAAUAGGAAAUCAAAGUGGAAAAUAAAAAGUUAAGAGAUUUGUUGCAAUUUGUCACUUUAAAACCUUGUGUAUUAGAACUCUAGUGCUGAGAAUCGAAAUAUCAAAGAAAUGUGUUGCCAAGCAUUUCAAGUAUUAUCCCUAAAAAUGUCAGUUACAUAUGUCCAGAACUUUAAAAACAUACUUUUUUGGACUACAAUUCCCAGUCUCCCUUAGCCAGCAUGGCCACAUUGUAGUAGUCUAGGACAGUGAUGGCGAACCUAUGGCACGCUGUAGUAACAUGCACAGUUUCUGAAUUUGUGUAGCUGCUGACUGUGACACAUGGGGGCUGUCCAAACUGCAGAGAUAAUCCAGUUUGACACCACUUUCACUGCCAUGCUUAAUGAAACGGAA